GGCAAAGUGCUUGUUCGCCGACCGCAUUGUUGAUUGUUGGGUGCCCCUACGCGCACCGCACAAGAGCCAGUUGAUCAGUAGUUGUGUACCACCACUACACUUUGGCUCCUCCGCCCUCUGCUCUGCUCUGUUCUGCUCGGCAGCCGAAUCUCCGCCCGCCCGCCCGUGGUCAGAAACUCCCGGCGCCUCGCCCCUUGGCCAGAGGAUGCCAUUAACUAAGGUGCACAAACGUGGGGCUAUAAGCCGUUCCAUUGACAUUGGUAGCUUCUCUGGAUAUGGAGAACUGAAUCAAGCUUUGGCCCACAUGUUUGGCAUGGAAGGGCAACUCGAAGAUCGACAGAGUAUAGGUUGGAAGUGUAUCUACCAGGAUGAUGAGGGUGACUUCCUACUUCUCGGUGAUGGCCCAUGGGAGGAGUUUGCGAUCAUCGUGAAGUCCAUUUGGAUCUUGUCACCUCAAGAGGUUCUUCAACCGAUGUUUCCGGGUGGUGAUUUAACAUCAAGGCUGUAGCCUACGAAAUCAAUGCAGUGAAGAAUAUAGUGUAUAAGUGUGAGCUUAUUGUUGUGAGGGCUAAAAUUCUCCCAAGACUAGCUUGAUCAUGCGCGCUGCGACAUUUGCCGUGAGGGCCAAAAUUCUCCUAAGGCUAGCUUGAUCAUGGGUGCUGCGACGCGCCAUUUAAAUGCUACGUACAUUGUCUCUGGGCUAUACAUUUUUCGUGCCUGUACUAUUUUCACACAACAAUAGUGUGUUUAACUCUCUGAGAAA